GUGUUCUGCAGCAGUAUACAGCGGUGAUCGUACGGGAGGUCUGCAGUUGGUACGGCCGCGGGCGCUGGUCCACGCUGGUUCAGUUGUGCACGCUGACGGGGACUGGAGCUGACAGUGGACGGUGGACUGACUAAAGACCCACAGAGACCCGGGAGCUUGAUGUGGCUGGUUUGUGAGGUAAAGUUUCUGUCAACCAGCUGGCUGACCGUCUUAUCGUGAUAAUUAGGGAAGGUGAACGGUGAUGACCAUACGGUGAAGUGCCAAAGGCCUGGACGGUGACAGGGAAAGAAAGUGAACUUACAGGAAGAGGAUUUCCCGAGGAAGAAAGGCCGAGGAAGCCGUACCCCUCUAAAGUUUCCAACAGGGAGGGAUCUGCGUCAGCAAAGCGUACGGGAUUGUUGUAAGGAUCCAGUGUCCGAGACGGCAGGGUGGCUGUGCCUAUCCUUUCCGCUGAAGCCGACUGUUUGCUGUCGUCUGACAGGCCAGGUGACUGUCAUCUGGACAAAGAUAGCAGAUUUUGCCUCUGCAUGAGUGGUCAGAGUGAGCCGCUGUGAGUGACGGAGCUCGCAGCUGUGAGUGGACCCGUCGGACCCGGGUGCCGCCGCCCCUCAGGACAGGAUGCCACCACGGCUCGCCGACUGGCUACUGCUGCUGCAGCUGCUGCUGCUGGCGGUGGCCAGCUCAGUCGCCUCCAGAACAGGCUCCUGGAUGAGUCUGGGUCUGCAGGGUCUGGAUGUGUGGCGCAGUCCUCAGAUGUAUGUGGUGGGCACAUCGCCCCUGUGUGCCCGAAUACCGGGCCUCAGCCCCGGCCAGAGGAGACUGUGUCAGCUGCGGCAGGACCACAUGAGCAGCGUGGGUCGCGGCGCGCGGGCCGGUAUCGCCGAGUGCCAGCACCAGUUCCGGACCAGUCGCUGGAACUGCUCCACCGUCGACGACCCGUCGGUGUUCGGGCCAGUCCUCCGAAUACCGUCCCGGGAGGCGGCGUUCGCGCACUCGAUCGCCGCUGCCGGCGUGGUGAUGGCUGUGGCCCGCUCCUGUCGGAACGGGAAGCUCACAGCCUGUGGCUGCUCGAAGGCAGGGCGACCGGCCGACCUCGACCCCGACUGGACCUGGGGCGGCUGCGGAGACAACAUCGCCUACGGCUACAGGUUCGCUCGGACGUUCGCCGACAUCCGUGAACGGGAGCGAAGGUUCCGGGCCGGCUCACGGCGACAGGCGCGGGCCCUGAUGAACAUCCACAACAACCGGGCCGGUGCCAAGUCGGUGAUCAGCCUGACAAAGGUCAACUGCCGGUGUCACGGCGUCUCCGGGUCCUGUUCGGCCGUCACCUGCUGGCAGAGGCUGCCCGCCUUCAGGGAAGUCGGGGACAUGCUCAAAGACAAAUACGACGGUGCCACGAAGGUGCGAGUGACGCGUCGAAGCAAGCUGCGGGUGCGCAACAAGAGCUACCGGCAGCCGACCGCUGAUGACCUGGUCUACAUCCGGGAGAGUCCCGACUACUGCCGGAGAAACGCCACCCUCGGCUCCUCAGGGACCGCCGGCAGGACGUGCGUGCGUGGCUCCAAGGGCACCGACGGCUGCGACCUGCUCUGCUGCGGCCGAGGCUACAACACCCAGCGGGUGACCGUUACCGAACGAUGCCGGUGCAAGUUCGUCUGGUGCUGCAAAGUGCAGUGCCAAGCGUGCACGCGUCGAAAAACACUGCACACAUGUAAAUAGUUUAUCACCAAGUUGGAGGGAACUCAGAGCUGUGCAUGUAUAAUGAUGGAUGCACAAGCUGCCAUGAGCAAUGGUGCGCUCCAGCGACCAGCAGAGUGCGUUAUGCACGCCGGCGGCAUCAGGGCAGUAUUAGGACGUCUCACGUUUGCACUCAGCCCGACUUACUUGUACGUGAGAGUUCUAUGACGCCGAGCCACCCUAAUAACACCAGUGGAACACCGAUAUGAAGUGCUGAUGGCGUCAGGCGCUGUGCUGCAUGCCGAAAACGAACGGCGCAUCAGAACACGAUGAUGGUUAGCGAGACUAGUGAAGUGCCCUUCUUUCAGAGACGAAUUGUGAAGGGACAGUGUAGGAACAGUGCAGGAACAGUUGAGCUACCAGACGCAGAUAACGCUUCUGUGAAUUUGUCAGCGGAAGAUGCCGUUACGGCGGAUAGGUAUGUCGUUGUAAGGCGCCGUUACAGUGGACCUGCAAGCUAGAGGUGUUUUUACACAUACCUACAGUUUAUAGCGGAAAGUGUCGUUACAGAGCAACAAUUAGCUGUGGAUGCUGUUUUAGCUAUAUGCAGUGACGGAUGUCGGUACAGUGUGUGUCAGUUUCGUGCCGUUAUAAUGCAGCGGUUCUGAGAUACAUCAGUAAAGCAAGACGUGUCUAUCAAGUUUCAUAACGUUUGUGAUGUAAGUUCUGAUGGAUGGUGCAAACAAUAGGUAUGUCUGAGGCCGAAACGGGCGACACCAGUGGAUGAACUCGGCCUGUCGACAGUUGUGGCUAAUAUUUGACAUAGUUGAAAGGAUUCAGGCGCCCCUUGUGAUUUGUAUCACAUCUAAAUCGGUUCCACGUCACUAUGUGUUGGCAUCUUAAAAAGUUUUUUAUGUAACUAAAUAACAUAGUUGCGACAGUUAGAUAAAGGGCACGUAUGAAGCAAUUGGUAUUCUGCAAUAUCCACUCAGUUUCGAUUCUCUAAAUCUUUACUGUCAUGAUAAGGUCCGUUUAACGUUUUAUAGUUACACUUGUUAGAGGCGAUAACUGAUUGAAAUAGAUUUGGCAAUGCUGCCUUUUUUGUUCAAUGGCAUUGUUGUGGUGCAGAGUGAAUUUGUUUUGGGUCUCAAUGUGUUCGCUGUUAUCAUACCUACCACCACGCUAUGCACUUCUGUGCGUUGUCUGAGACUGUAUAAACGGUAUUGUCCUUGUCUGUCGCUGAAUUGUUUUUCAUAUGCCGUGAGCUGAUUUGUAUAAAAAGGACGUAAAAUAAUAAUAGUUUUUAUCGUGUCCUUGUUUUAGUGUUUUACGUACCUAUGCCGUGAGCUUAUUUGUAUAAAAAUGUCGCAAAA